GCGGCAGCCACUUCCGGCAGGGUGAUGGGGUGGUGGCGGUGGCAGCCGCCGCCGCUGCUGCUGCCGUUGCCGCCGGAGCGAGGGAGGGCGCGCAGGACCCGCCGCCGUCGCUCUGGGGCUGGGAGCUGCGGCACUGCCACUUAGCGCUGCUGCUGCUGCGGCGGCGGCAGGUCAAUUUUAUUGGCAUAUAGAGAAGGAUGAUGGCAGGCAGUAGCCAGCUUUGCAUUCAACGUUGGACUACCAAGAACGUGGCCAAGUGGCUGAAGGAAGAAGGCUUCUGUGAAUAUGUGGAUGUUUUGUGCAAUAGACACAGGCUAGAUGGAAUUACGUUGCUGACACUUACUGAGUAUGAUUUACGAUCCCCUCCUUUGGAAAUCAAAGUCCUGGGGGAUAUCAAAAGGCUAAUGUUGUCCAUACGCAAACUACAGAAGCAACAUAUUGAUGUCCUAGAAGAGCUGGGUUACAACAGUGAUAGUCAUGUUGGCACAGGCCCAAGUGUUGGUUUGCUACAGGGCACAGAUUGGUUUUGUAAUGGUGAAGUACCUCGGGACUAUGAUGGACCAAUUACUGACUCAAAUGGUGAUCAGUAUCAAUAUGCAAAUGGAAAAAACAAGCACUCUACACGAAGACUGGACCCAGAAUAUUGGAAGACAAUUUUAAGUUGCGUGUAUGUCUUCAUAGUGUUUGGCUUUACAUCAUUCGUUAUGGUUAUAGUACAUGAGCGAGUACCUGACAUGCAAACCUAUCCACCUCUACCAGACAUAUUUCUAGAUAGCGUCCCUAGAAUACCAUGGGCUUUUGCUAUGACUGAAGUAUGUGGUGUAAUUCUUUGCUACAUUUGGCUGUUGGUUCUUCUGCUUCAUAAACACAGAUCUAUACUUCUGCGAAGGCUGUGCAGCCUCAUGGGGACAGUAUUCUUAUUACGCUGCAUUACAAUGUUUGUUACCUCACUGUCUGUGCCAGGCCAGCACUUGCAGUGUACUGGAAAGUUAUAUGGCAAUGUUUGGGCAAAACUCCAGCGGGCAUUUGCAAUAUGGAGUGGCUUUGGCAUGACUCUGACUGGAGUACACACGUGUGGAGAUUAUAUGUUUAGUGGCCACACUGUCGUCCUGACGAUGCUCAACUUCUUUGUUACAGAAUAUACACCAAGGAGCUGGAACUUCUUGCACACCUUGUCCUGGGUCCUGAAUCUCUUUGGAAUCUUCUUCAUUUUGGCUGCACAUGAACAUUACUCUAUAGAUGUCUUCAUUGCCUUUUACAUCACUACAAGACUCUUUUUGUAUUACCAUACAUUGGCUAAUACUAGAGCAUAUCAACAGAGUAGGAGAGCAAGGAUCUGGUUUCCUAUGUUUUCUUUUUUUGAAUGCAAUGUUAACGGUACUGUUCCCAAUGAGUAUUGCUGGCCUUUUUCAAAACCUACGAUACUGAAAAGAUUGAUUGGCUGAAGAGUGUGUAGGUCAGUUCAGAUUUUUAUGAAGCAGUUAGGACUAAGAUCCUACAAGGCUAGUGGUGGUGGGGGGGGAAAUGUUAAGUAGUAAUUUUCACUCUGUGAUCUCCUCCCCUUUGUCUUUGAUUCUUAGCCAUAAGAUGGUGUUCCCACACUUCACAGGGCUGUGUUUUGUUUUCUUGUUGCUAAAAUAGAAAACAGUGGGGACUGGGGACUGGUAAAGGCUAUCAGUGAACCAUGAAUAUAAACCAGAAUACUGUUACCCUUAGUAAAGUUCUUUGUGAAUGUUUAUGUAACUUUAACCUCAAAUAUGUGCUUGUACUGAAUAUAAUGGGGUUUUUAUUUACAGGUCCAAAUAAUCUCUGUUACUUGACAUGCCAGCCUUUACAUUUACUUACUAAAAAAUUAGAACUUCCUGAAGACUUUCUUUUAAAAAUCAUAAAUGUAAUUUUCAAAACAAACUCUGUUUAUACUUAAAGAUUGAGGAGUGCUGUGUCAUAAAGAAGAAAGCAGUAUUGUUUCUUGCUCAAAGGGUCUCUUAACUGUUAGAUAACAAGUCUUAAAGUAUAAUCAACAGUAUAAAUGGUCUGCAUACCGGUUGCCAAAAAUGAAAGUCUGCCUUGUGACUAUGCAGUGAUAAUGUUUUAUUUUAAUGAGAGCUUAUUUAGUCUAGUCUAUCAAUGUGUCUCUAUGGUUAUUCUAGCACUUGGAAGUUUUCCCUUUUGUGUUUAAAUAAAUGAGUGAAAGUAAAUACUACAUCUACUGAAAGUAAAGUUAAUUUAGCAUUAGGGAGUUUAAAGCCACAAAAUAACUUUUGUGUGGUUUUAAUUGCUUUAUAUCCAAACCUGUGCAUGUUUUUUAGGAGCAGCUCUUUAACACUGAAAAACCAGAAAAUUUAUAUUCAUAUAUCUUACUGUCCCAUAAAUGGGUGGGGAAAAUGCAUGUAGUAACUCUUUCAAGAAAAGUAAUAAUAGUGAGUAUUGGAAAUAGUGGUCAUAUUGAUGUAUGUUUUAGCACUCUGAUGUCAACAAUAUGGUGAAUAUCUCUGGAUAUAUAUACAUGGUAUAUUUGCUUAUUUAUAUAAACACACAGAGUAUAUGUUCUUCUAACAAGUAUGGAAAGAGACUAGUUCUUAAGUUGCUCAUGUACUGCACUGAAAGCUAAAAGUACCAUAAGCAGUUGAGUUUUGGUUGUUAUAAAAAGAUCCCCAAACACAAACACACAAAAUCCCGAACACAACAACAUACCUCCCAAACCCAGUCUCUGAGUCUGUAAUGCAUAAGCAAGGUUCACAGAGUUUGUAAUCUCUUAUUCAGUCAUUUGUAAGGGGACAAUACUAAUGUUGUCUGUAAAGGCUUGAAAUCAGAUUAAUGCUAAAUGAAAAUUUCCAGGUAAAUGGUGCAAAUUAUAAAAAUGGUGCAGGCCUUUUAAUUUGGUCUUAUGUUACUUUUUUAACCUAAUUUAGCUCCUAUUCCACAGAGCAGUUGUACAUCUUAGAGUAUCUCUGUAUUGAGCACACAUACAUUGUACUACUCUGUAGACUUUUCUAUUUCUAACAUUCCAAUUUUUAAGCAAAAUUUCAGGUUUAAUACUAUAUUAUUCAAUCUGCCAUAGACUGAUGGCUCUUGCCAUCCAAACUGGGGGAGUAUGCUUACACUUAAGAAAGAAAUGAGAAAAUAUUCUGAAAGGUUUGAAGACUUCAUUUGCUGUUCUUACCUUUCUGAUUUCAGAAAGUCAAUCUGAACAUUCCUCUUGAGACUUUAUAGAAGAGCUCUAUUUGUUAAUUACUCGCCUUUUCAGUGCACACACAGUUAUGAAUACAGUUGGUUUUUUAACUCUAGGAAACAUCUGUUCUGAUGAAGUGCAGAAUUCUAUUCUGAAUUACAACAUGUGGUGAGGUAUGCACUUAAACUUGCAAAGCUCUUGAUUCAGAAAAGAGCUAUGGCAGUGCUAACUGGCGUAGCCGUGUCUAAACUGAAAAAUUAAUUUCCAACUUAGACAUGGAGGAGAAUUUUCAAGUACAGCCCAGUGUAACAAUGUUUACAUAAAGUAAGGCUAUCAUUUCAGUACUAUUUUUUAAUGAAGUUCAUACAGUUGAAGCAUAAAACUUCUCUCUUUGUUCUAAUUUAAUUUUUUAAAUUCUGUUAAGUAAAUCCAUGUUUUAAAUCAGUAUUGCCUAUCAGUUCUUUUUAAAGGGAGCUUAUUCUUUUGUGCUGAUUCCCUUGAUGUUAAAUAUCCAAGUCCAAGGUAAGUAACAAGACACUGGUUUUGUGAGCAUUGAAGUGAAUUAAAAGAUUGUCAGGAUAAUUGCCCUCUUCAAUUUUGGAAGUUCAUUUGUCUGUCUGUAAACAUGCAAGAACAACGCUUGAAAUUGAUUGAUAUAGGAUGGGAAAAUCUGAUCUAACAAGCAAAAGAGUGCAGGUCAGUCUGUAAAGUUGGCAGUGUAAGCUUUUUGUUAAUUAAAUGGAAACCAGUUGCAAGUAACUGACAGGCUUAAAGUUCUUUACCUCCUUUUUCCGGAGUCAGUGUUUUAAAAACGUUGCUGUUUCUCUGUUGCUGACAAGCGCUUUUAAGUAAAGGCAGCAGAGCAUCAUUUGGCCUUGGAUUUAAUUCUAAGUAUGUUCAGGGCUCUCCUCCUCCCUUUUGUUCAUGCACCAGUCUUUUUGCUGUCCUUUGAUUUGCUGCAUGUAUUUUGUGUAAAGUAGCUUUCUGUGGCCUGUGGGAGCACACACAUAAUCUGAAUUCAGAGUAAUUAAUGAAUUACUGCAUUAUGUCAGGAAGUACAAGCGUCAAACAUUAGUCUAGUACUACAAAGUGCACAAUCUAAUCAAGUAGAAAAGUCUUAAUUGAAUAACUCUGGAUAUAAAAAGGAAGGGGAGGAUCACUUUUUUUUUUUUUAAUUAAUUUAGCAAAUCUGGUAAUGUUUGAGACUUGACAAUAGUCUUAAGUUUUUCCCUAUUAUUACCAGUUUGGGGAUUUGUAUACACAUACCUGCAAGUGGUAGACACAUAGGCGCUCCCCCCUCCUCUUUCUUUUUAUGUUGUAUCUUAUGAUACAUCUUCUUAUAAAGCUUUCCUAAACUUUUUGCCUUUAGUUUUUCCUUUCUAAAAGAUCUCUUAAACUAGUGGUUUUAUAACAUUACACCUGCAUACAGAAAUUAGACUUUAAUAGAUGUGGGUUUUAGCAAGUUGUGAUUACACUGACAAAAGCUUACGGAAGGAUCUUUAAGCAAGGUUUCUCUAACUGUUCUUGAAUAAUAUAGAAAGUUUCCAUAUAUGCUAAUUAACUUCAUGUCCUCUGGCAAAAAAUAUAACACAAAGUAUUGUUACAGAAAUGUAGAUAGGCUGAAAGUAUUUAAAUGUCCAAGACUAGCAGGAAUUGGAUCCUGCAAGUAUAUUGCCUGUGAUGAAGCAAAUUAUAUGCUUAACUUUAAGCAAUCACUACAUACUCUUGACUUCAGUAACAGUUACCAUUGUUGAGUUUAAGCAUUUUCUUGGAUAAGGGCAAGUGCGUGCUGUAUGUGAUAUACUCUACAGUAAUGGGAAUAGGUAGUGUUACUUUCUUUUGGGUCUUCCACUCUCCAGUCUGCUGUAGAGGAAAACAUUCCAGUAGAAUUUCAAAGACAUUACUACUUAACUGGGUUCUGAGAAAAUAAAUCUGGGAAGAAGGGGGGGGGGGAAUGCAUCAAAAUCUUGAUAGCUGCUUGAAGAAGCAAGAGCCAGUUAAAUGAUUAAAUAAAACGGGUUUUUUUUUUUGAUGCAAGUAUGUUAAAUAAGGUUAUUUAGAAGGAUUGAAACCCUUCAGUGAGGAUAAAAGCACGGGUUCCUGUAAUCUUUUCUGUAUGGCUGUGCCUCAAGUGCCAAAAAGUGUUGAAGGGAAGGAGGGAAGGUUUAACUUGGAUGUCAGUACAAGUCUUUUGCAGCAGUUGGUAUCUCCUUGGGUUUUAAGCAGCGCUUCAUAGUGCUAUGCUUGUUUGCUACUAUUUAGCUACUGGACAAAAGUACACUAGGUUUUCAAGCACCAAAACUAUUGUGGAGCUGAGUUCUAAUCAAUAAAUACACAUUUGAAGAAGUGGCAGAUGUCGGGGGGGAAGAAAGUAUGUUUUGCGGACCUGGAGAAUAACAAAAUUAACCUAUAAUAACUGAUAGGUUUUCAUCCUAUCCAUGUAAUUUCUACUGAAGAAUUUGCAAUAAUCUACAGAUAAUAUUGAUUCUUCUGGGUUUUUUUAAAAUAAUUAGUGUACUUUUGUAGAAACUUGACCUAUAGCUACAGAAACCAUAGUCUUGUCAAGAUGGAAAUACAUUUGGCAGAAGUCAUAGCAGUGAAUCAUUUUACCCUCUGAAUUGUUUUAUGCAUUUAGACUUUACCAGUCAAGGGUUAAUUGAUAGACCACUGAUUAUACAGAUUACUAUUUCUGAUGUAUCUUUGAUAUCAUCACCAUUCUAAUUGAAACAGGUUUUUUUUGGGGAAAAAAAAAAAGUGCUUUGGAGUGAACCUACUGGUGUAUUGUUCAUUAUAUGAAGAAAACCACCAAAAAGACCCUCACAACCCCUCAAACACUAUAGUAUCAUGAACACUGAACUUCCCAUAUGGCAGUAUCCUGCAUACUUAGUAUUUGUAUCUUAAGAAAUUUGCAGUGAGUAUCACGUAUGUAAUUCAGUGACAUGGACUUUUUAAAGCCCAUUUGUAAUAAAGUGUGUAAGAACUUAAGAUGACAAAUGUGGAGCACAGUAACCUGACCUAUUAGCCCAGUGACUGCAUAGUUAGAAUAAGUCUAAUUUAAUUUUGCUCUUUCAAUUUAGUUUUGCAAAUAGAAUAAAUUUGUCAAAUGUAAGAAACCACUAACUGCAUUGUACGUGGUACUUAAGAUAGUAGGGAUGUAGAAACAUGGCUUUCCACACUGAACGGUUACUUCAAUUUUGUUUUGACAGAGAAAAUAGUAUUACCCUAAUGGCUAGAAGGUAUGCCAGGGAAGUUUACUGUAAAUAAGUAAAUAUUGUUUUGAUUCUAAACUCAGAUUGAAUUAAUAUAUUGUUUUAUAUCUUUGUUGUAUUAAAACAUAUUUAAAAGUACUAAAAUAAAAUAUUUGAAAGAUGACAA